AAUCAAAUGCAACCGAGUUCUGGGAGACGACUCUCAACAAGCUGGGAUAAUGAGGUCAAAGCGGCGGCAAAAUUAGCUGUUCCACGAGUUGACCAGCGACGUAACUCAAAUACACUUGCCCAAUUACUGGAGUGCCACCGUCAGCUAUCGCUUCACGAUCAAUCCUUCGAAUCUUUUUCAUUCAAGGACGCCGCAACUCUACGUGUUCCAUCUCGUCGUGCUUCUGUCGGAUCAAGAAGACCAUCUGUUGCGGAAAUGCUGAUUGAUAGUGGUGUGGCGAAUAAAACUACGGACGACUGUGUCAUGGUUCAACAAACUUUGGGAACAUCUACUACAUUAUUCUUCCAGAAGAAUCCUUUGGUGGAUAACUUGGAUUUGAGACCAUCACCUUUUGAGCGGGGAUUAUACAAUUUCGAUGAUUCCAUCAAAGAAAUGCCACCACUCAAAUAUGUUGGAACUCCACGUCCUUCAAUCCAGAUGACUACAUCUCCAAGACCAUCAUUAUUGGCUAAAAGUAGUCCAUCAAUCGACGAAUCUGAUGAAGAACAAACCCCUACUCUUGCAAACCACGUUCUCCGUCCAACAAUUGGAGAACGUGGGCUACCAGCGAUGAAGUUCACACCAGUGCUCGCCAACGGCCAGUUGCAACCGAGAGGACGUACACUUCACAAGGUAAUGGACCCUCUUUUUUUCUUUCCUCUUCUAAAGACACACUCGUGCAUUUUUUGGCACCCGCGCGCCGAUCCUCGCUUCGACUUCGAACUCGAUAAAAUCAUUGCUAAUAGAAGAAGAAUAGUCGACGAGGAAGAAACUAGAAGAGAGCGAGAGAACCAUAUUCGGCCGAGAAGUCAG